UUCAUUUUUCAUUGCGAUUUAUUCAAUUUAAGAUAAUCAGUCAAAUCAUUUCACAGAAACAGAAUACUAUUUCGGAAUCAACAAGUGUAGAAUCUGUCAGUGGAAAUGGAAACUAUCUUGUAUCUUAAAAGAGCAUUGUCCUCCGGGGACUCGAGCGUGUGUCGUUUGUGCCUGUCGCCGGAUGUGGCUUCGGAACCACUAACGCAAGACGAAACGGGGAAAAAUCUUAUGCAAAAAAUCUUCGAUUGUACAAGCAUUCAGAUCAUACCCUUAACAGGCAUUUCUUCGGUCUUGUGUACCGUUUGCAAAAGACGUGUGGAGGACUUUUAUCUGUUUCGUUACCAGUGUAUUAAAAACAACGAAGUUCUCAACGAAUUUGCGGCGGAAUUCAGCAAAUCGCCAUUACACAUCUCAGGAUCAGAAAUCACCGUACUUUCCAUCGAGCAUGUGCAACAAACCAAUGUGUCACUGCUAAACGAGGAUCCCAAAACAUAUAACAUUGAUAGGGUUGGCUUGGAUCAUACAUACAAUGCACAAGAGACAGACAUAGCGCACGAGUUCGAUAUUAACGGUGGUCUUUAUCAGCCGGAAGUAAAGUUGGAACACAAUGACGAUCAUCUAUCUGAGGUUCUGGAGCAAACGGAUCCUCUUGAAACGGAGCCUAAACAGUCAGUGAAUCCAGAAACAAAUAAGCAUAUAAAAAUGAAUAACAAAGAGGAAAGAAAUCAAUCCCUCAAGGAUUCUGCUCCCAGCACGGUUGAAGACCUGCCACAAGCUGAUUUGCAGUUAUUUCAAGAGCCGAUUGAACGAAUUCACACCGAGGAACCGCCUUUGGUGAGUAAUAUCUGCAACGACGCGUUCAUAACCCGAGAUAUACUGCAGCAACCUGCGAAAACUCACAACAAAGACAAGCAGCAUAAAUGCCCUCACUGUUCCGCAAGUUUUGUGGCACAUCGGCGUUUAGUUAUUCACCUUCGUCAGCACACCGGAGAAAAGCCUUUCGAAUGCCAAGUCUGUCACAAAGCGUAUAUUUCAGAAGAUGGAUUGAAAUCUCAUACGAGAGUUCAUAACAAGGAUCAACAAUACCAAUGUCCUCAAUGUUCCGCUAAGUUCGCACAGUCUACGAAACUAACAAUCCACAUCCGCACCCAUCAUGACGGUAAAAAGCCUAUUGUGUGCAAAAUCUGCAACAAAGCGUUUGCUGUUUUGUCUCGAUUGACUAGGCAUAUGCAUACGCACAACGAAAAGAGCCAUUGCGUCUGUCACUACUGUUCUGCUAAAUUUGCCUAUACAACAACGCUUGAAACCCACAUCCGUCGAACCCAUGCAAGCGCAAAAAUACCCAGCAGGCCUUAUCAGUGCAAAAUGUGCAACAAGUCUUUCAAAACACUUUCAACCCUGAUACAUCAUAAAAAUAUUCAUACCAAUGAGAGACAAUAUCAAUGUCCACACUGUCCUUCUAAGUUCUCCAACUCAUGUAACCUCAAAACACACAUCCGCUUCCACACCGGUGAAAGGCCUUACGUGUGUAAAGUUUGCGACAAACCGUUCUAUACAUCCUCUCAUCUGAAUACGCAUGCUAAAAUCCACAACAAGGACGAACAGCUUCAAUGCAGCUACUGUCCUGCUAGGUUCGCUCAGCCAGGAAGCUUAACGAUUCACAUUCGUAAGCACACCGGUGAAAGGCCGUUUAUGUGCGAAAUUUGUGCUGCGAAAUUCAAACAUUCAACAGCACUUAAAACCCAUAUCCGUCGAGCCCACGAAGCAAUACCUAGCAAGCCUGUAGAAUGCAACAUAUGCAACAAAGUUUUAAGUUCACCGAGUAGUCUAUACAGUCAUAAGAAAACUCACCAAUCGUCAUCAACAAAGCUUAAAACUCAGGCCGCUGAAGAAAAAUCCAACAAGCCUGUAAAGUGUAAAGUUUGCAAUAGAGUCUUCGGUUCACUUCGCAACCUAUGGGGACAUAUGAAAACUCAUGAACUCAAGUUAGUGGAGGACAGAAAAUAUCAGUGUCCAACAUGCCCUGCUAAGUUCUGCAAAUCAGGUCCCCUUAAAAAGCACAUUCGUCAUCACACCGGUGAACGGCCAUAUGCGUGCAAACUGUGCGGCAAAGCAUUCCAUACAUCAGGCAAUCUAAGUGCGCAUGGUAAAACCCAUAACAAGGAUCAACAAAAAUAAAGUGGCCAAACGACUGCUAGCUUCGUUUAGCCUGUAAUGCUACAGAUUCACGUUCGUAGGCAUACCAGUGAAAC